AUGUCCGCAACAGAAGCCGAGGAUGCUGCACCCGAUGAGGAGCGGGAAGAGGAAGAUGAUCCGGAUUCCGGUUCGGAAGGGGGUCCGCCCACGAACGAUGAAUGCGACUCCGUCACGGAGGUUGCGCCGAGGGGUUUUUCGCCCAAGACCGGCAUGAAGCGUCCUGCCUAUGAUGAUCUGGACGAUCCGGAGGUGGGCGGAACGAUGGAACCGCAGAAGAAGCUGUGCCGGUUUUACUUCCUGGACGAGUGUUCCCGCGCGGACCAGUGCUACUUCAUGCAUGCGGAUUUCCCCUGCAAGUUUUACUACUUUGGCUACGAGUGCCGGGAUGGCAAGCAGUGCCGGCUGCGCCACGGCAAGGCCCUGGACGACGAAAUGAAGCGGAUUCUGUGGCGUCACGUGACGACGGCUCAGGCCAAUCUGAUGCAACGCUUUCCGUGCUUUCCGAGUGCGCUGCUGAGGAAGAACUUUGAGGAUCGGCACCAGGAGCUGCUUCAGAUGGAGCAGGAAGGGUUGCUGGACGAAGAUUUGGGCGCGGAACUGAGCGAAUCGAUUUCGGACACGCUGCUGGGGGAGGUCAUCAAGACCGUUGCCAUAAACAAGAUGAUUGACGAGAAGCUGGGUGAUUUGGGGGAGUUGACCGGGGUUAUUUCGGCCGAGCAGAUCGCCACGCUGGCCAAGACGGGAAUCAAGACGAAGGACCAGCUGUUCCAGCUCGGGGCCAGUUCGAUGAUGGAGCUGGGAUUUGACUACGACACGAUCAUCAACAUUGGAAACUUCAAAGAGUCCCACCGGAAGCAGUCGAUGUACGAGGAGGACAAAGAGCUCUUCGAGGAAGUUCCGUCCAACCUGGACGUGUUCUCCGCCGAGUUGGAUCUGUCGCAACCCGUGCCUCCGUUGGCCGUUCCGGCGCUCAGUGACCAGGAGUUGCUGAGCAUUCUGAACGAAGAGCAAGAUGCGGCGACGACGGCUGAAACAGCAGCAGCGAAGGAAGUUACCCCGCAGGAGAGUCACAACACGAGUCUCGCAACCACGCUCGAGGGAAGCUUCACGACGGAUUUCUCCGACAGCAGCGGGGAGAAGGGACAGAACGGGACAACAGACCGUUCGAAAGCGACCAGACUUGAAGCAAGCGACGUGAGCUCCGACGGCGAGGACAAGCUGCAGUUUGUGCUGUUUGCCGCCGUCCAGGAGCAGGAAAACGACCCCCGGGCGCGGGAAUCCACCGCCCGAACGGUGGAGCAAAUGUGCAAGCUGGACUCGCUGGUCCAGGACGCCCAUCCGGAGCUGAGCAUUUCGUUCGGAAGUGACAGCGAAAGCAGCCAGAGUGGCUUCCGGUUGCCGUUCAAGUCGCUCAUCGACAAGUACACACCGGCGAGGGAGAUUGACGCUGGGCGUGGACAGAUUGUCGGGUAUCGACUAAUUCCGAUCGAUGUGCCGAAGCCGAACUUUGAAGCGCUGCGGCAGUCGUUUGUGACGGAACCGACGUUCAGUUUGGACCCGCGGCUGCAGCUGAUGUUUAACAUUGGUCCGACGGAGGUGAGGCCGACGCCAGUGGUUGCGAAUGGUGGAGGGGUGGCGGCGUUGAAGAUCCGCGAUCCAAGGUUGAAGAAGGCCAUCGAAGUGGCCACGGCCAACGGGGCAAAAUCUGACGAAGAAGCAACUUUGACGUGAAUUUCUCAAAAGCAUUUUCAGACACGAAACCAAAAAGAAGCGGUUGCUGACUAAA